AUGCCAGCUAAGAAAGGUAAAAACUGUGCCUUGUCGUCGACGACCACGUCAUCCAAGGUGUCGUUCUUCUCUGGACGAACUGCCGCCUUGAAAAAACUAUCUGCCAAGGUGUUCGAGAGUCACGCACACAAGACGGAUGGCCCCAACCUCCGGAAACCAAAGAUAGCAAAAUUGACAGAGAAGCAACGUUGUCGAGCUCUGGCUAUAUGGAACGAGUGGAUGAACGAAGUCCAUCCCACCGUCGAUCCCAACCAAGUGUGGGUGGACUUAUGCCGCCAGGACGCCACAGCCAUGCAGUACUGCAAGACGUUCCUGCAGAUCCACGUCGAAACCUCCGUCUAUCAGCAUGUUCUGCUUGACGAUGCUGAUGGCAGGGAAGAGAUCGAAGAGCGGUCCAUAAAAUCCUCUAGAUCGCUAAACACCUUUUGGAAGUCAUUGAUAGCUGCAGCUGAUGACGAGAUCUUGCUACCGAUGAGAGAGAACCCGGACAGCUAUUGA